GCGAGCCGUCGCGUUGGUGGUGAGACCCGGCCUUGUCACGUGAUCUUGGCCCCAGCUUCGCACAGGGAUGGAGCCGGAAGAGGGGACGCCCUUGUGGCGUCUGCAGAAGCUGCCCCCGGAGCGGGGCGCGCAGCUUCUUCACAAAAUAAUUGAUGGCUUCUGUGGCCGAGCUUAUCCUCUCUACCAGGAUUACCACAGUGUUUGGGAUUCAACAGAAUGGAUGAAUGUUUUAGAAGAUGUUACCAAAUUUUUUAAAGCUCUAGUUGGUAAAAAUUUAUCUGAUGAAGAGACACUUCAGCAAUUAAACCAUUUGAAUUCAUCUCAUCAAGAAGCUAUCAUGAAAUGCUUGAAAAGUAGGAAAGAUGAAAUUAAGCAAGUUCUUUUAAGAGAAAUAGUUGAUAUUUCUUCUGCACAGCUACAGGAUUUUGAUUGGCAGUUAAAGCUUGCACUUUCUAGUGACAAGAUUGCUACUUUACAAAUGCCACUUUUAAACCUUCAUCUAGAUGUAAAAGAAAAUGGUGAAGUAAAACCAUAUUCUGUUGAAAUGAGUAAAGAAGAGCUACAGAAUCUAAUAAAUUCCUUGGAAGCAGCUAAUAAGGUGGUCCUACAGUUGAAAUAACAGGAAAUGAUGGAUACCAAUGCUGUCAGAUGUCACUGCAACAAUUGAUAUGGCAGAGUGAAUGCUGUGUGUUCAGAACCCCUGAGAUGUAUUGAUACACCAGGCUGAGAGGGCAGCAGAACUGAGAUUCAAAAGAUAGAAGUUUAUCAGCCUCCCUAAGGAACAGGAAAUUACUUGGUUGAUAAGAAAUACACAAAAUGAAAGAUGAAAAAGCUGUAGUUGCAGUUUAUAUUUUCAUAAUGAUUGUUUUGUCUCAUUUAUUAAAUAUUUGAGAAAUUUGUGUAGAUAAAAUUUUAUUGAAAGGUAAAAAUAGGUUAUAAAGUAAUGUAAACAUGCAGAAGCACAAACAUACUUGAAUAUUGCUUAAAGAAUUAUGUGACUAGAAAGGACAUGUAUUAUGGAUAUAUAAUUAAUUUGUGAUAUUUAAGAAUAACUUUUUUAAAGAAUGUAUAAGCUGCAUAUAUAACUCAGGAGACUUCAUAUCUUUCUCAUAUUUCAAAGAAAAGAUUAUAAAAUGUAAAAUUUCUUAGAGAAAAGCUCUUUAUCAGACAUGAAAAUGAAAACAAUUUCAAAUUUAUGUGAAUGGUUGAGUUUAUGGAUUCCAGAAACUAAAAUCUGGAACACACAAAAUUGAAAAUAACAUUGCUAUUUUUUCUGCUUUUCCAUGUCUGAAUGGGAGACUAUGCUCUUAGAAGAUGUCAUUGUGUAGUGUAUAUAUUGUUAUUCAGAUAUCAGGUAAGACUACAGGUCCGUUUUUGUUAUAAAUUCUUAAUAAUGAACUUAACACUUUUGGAUGUUACAAAUACAUUGGAAAGCAGACCAUUUUUAACCUCAGCUAACUUUAAAAAUAAGUAUUCUGAACAAAUAAAAGUGUCAUGUUUCAUUUUUAUGUAUUGCUUUAUUUCAAAUAACUUUCCAUAUCAGUAGUCAGCAAUGCAGAAUUAAUUGGUGCCUACUAUUUGCAAGCUUUGUGGAACAUUAAAGUAUCAGGCUAUCCUUUGAAAUGUCCAGAGGAUGAGAGGAUGAUAAACCUAUCCUCACCUCUAUUCUAAUCAUAUAGAUGAGAUAGGCUUAGAGCAGUUUUACAGAUGUCUGAGUGUGAUCUAAGUAGUACUACUCAAAAUGUGUACUAUUGUGUACUAUUGCCAGUCUAUCAACAGUUUGUUAUAGGUGGGCAGUUAGAAAGGGAGCUUGGUCCAGAAUGGUCAUCAAUAUGCUUGCUUCAUCUUGCUUGCUUCAUCUGGAAAUUUUGGUUAUGAAAAAUGUACUGGUUGAAGUAAACAGUGAGUGUGCUUAGCAUAGUUGUUGAUUUACCUUCUUGUGUAAAAUCUUAGGUUAUUAUGGAUCAGUAACAGUUUGCACACCAGCUCUGUGAGUACCACUACUCCUGGGAUCCCUUCUGAAUUGCAGCUUUCUAUGCAGGAUCUCCUUUAUAAGGAAAAAAAUCUUGCCUAUUUAAUUCUUCUCUCACUACAUGGUAUCAUUCUAUUAGCAUUUCACAGCUUUACUGAAAUCUAAUGGUCAUACAUAUACUGCCGUUAUUUAAUGUGCACAGUUUGAUAAGUUUUGAAAUACAGACACCCAUGAAAGCAUCACCACAAUCAAGACAGUGAACAUUGGUCACUCUUGAAAGUUUUCUCUUGCUCCUCUUCCCAGUCUCCCCAGGUAACUGUUGACGUGCUUUCUUCACCACAGAUCAGUUGCAUUUUCAAGAGUUUAGAGUAAAUGGGAUCAUAUAGAA